GGUCAUUCGAACUCACAGGCGCUCAGCCUGGGCCAGCCUCGGCUAACAGUCGUGUGGUAACCACGAUCCAGUACAGUGUGUGGGGCUUCGUUCCACUUCCAGGGGUUAAGAAGUAAUAGAACUAGAGUUGCAAGAGCAUAGAACUAGUCCCAUUGAAGAUGCAGGCACUAAGAGCUGUCAAGAAUGUCGUGGCAAAAAGACCUGUCGUAGGCAAUGUAAUAACUUAUGGAGCUCUGUAUACAGGGGCUGAAUUCUUUCAGCAGACAUUCAACAAUAAGAUUAUGAUUCCAGCAGACUCUCCUCCUGUUCCCUACGACACGGCAACUCUAGCUCGUUAUGGAUUCAUGGGAACCUGUGUCUUUCCUCAUGUUCUCUACCAUGCGUACAAGUUUUUGGAUUCCAAGUUUGUUGGUAAAAGUUUAGCAGUGGUAUUACCAAAGUUAGCAGCAGAUGCCCUCAUAGUUACACCAAUCAAUCUUACCCUCUUCUAUGUUGGCAUGAGUGCCAUGGAAGGAAAAGAAGAUCUCCUGGAUGAAUGGAAGAAAAAAAUUCUGCCUACUUUCCUGACUGCAAGUGUAUUUUGGGUUCCUGCUUCUCUCAUCAACUUCAGGUUCCUCCCACCACAAGCUCGAGUUAUAUUUGUUGGUUCUUGUCAAAUAGUUUGGGUCUCAAUCUUGUGCUGGUUCAAACGUCAAGAAUUCUAGUCAGAAUAUUCUGUCUAAGGAAUUAACUAAAAAAUUACACUAGUGGAUAUUUUAGUAUAUAUACAGGUUGGUGAAUGGCUAAUUUAGGUGCUUUCCCUUAUUAAUACUUUUUAGUAAGAUUCAACACAAUACUUAACAGGGGAUGUGAUCAUCCAAUUAUAAUAAAAGUUAUCUUCAGGGACAUCCCAGUAUUAAUGGCAUAAAUAGUCAUGUAUAUUGCACAAUUUUAUCAUAAUAUAAGUCUGGAUGAAUAAAUCUCGUCUAGUAUCUAGACAUGAUAUAUGAGCAGCAUGCACUGAUGUAAGCGCGUCCUUGCCUAAUUACUGAAAAUUUUACCUUUUGUUGUGUGGGUGUGCAUGUGGGUGUAUGUUUAUUACAUAUAUGUUUACAUAAAUAAACAUCUACAGACCUUGUCAUAUACAAGUUCACUGUAACAUAAAAAAAAGGUUUCACAACCUAUUUUAUGUAUGAUUAGACUUUGUGUGUAUGUGAAGACACCAAUACACACAUUUAUAAACAAAUAUAAAGAGAUAUAUUUGUCUGUUUUUCACAUGAUGGAUUUUGUAUAAUGUUUAGCAGUAUGUGAACAUUAUUGACCCAUGACAAUUUUGUGUGUGUGUGUGUGUGUGUGUGUGUGUGUGUGUGUGUGUGUGUGUGUGUGUGUGUGUGUGUGUGUGUGUGUGUGUGUGUGUGUGUGUGUGUGUGUGUGUGUCUGUGUCUGUGUCU